CACAUAAUCAUCCUCUCUCUCCUCACAUUCAUCUCUUCCUUCAUCUCUUCCUGUCUUGUAAACAUCGAAGAACAAGAACUCCCCCCUCUCUCUCUUCAAAAUCUGAGUUUUUCUUUAAGAGUUUUUGAGAAAUAUCUGUAGUUUCCUGGACUAAACAUCAUCCCGAUCAAAAGCCCUCAAGCAAUUUUGAGAAAUUUUAACUUUCUAUCUCUACAUUCAACUUCUCUCUCCUCUCAAAUUAUCAAAUCUGGGAUGGAUAAUCUCGAUCCUGAUGUUGUAUUUGUUGAUAGUGGUGACGGAAAGUCCCCAUCUCAAUCUGAAUCGUAUGAGUGCUCGGAUCCAUACUGUGAUAUUCCAAAAACUUGCAACGGGAAUCACUCCUAUAGCAACGAGGCUAAAAGGUGGCGUGCACGUAAAACACCUUGGCAUUAUUGGAAUGAUGAAUAUGAAACAACUUCUGAUUCAAAGACCCGUUCCGACUCCGUAAAGGGGUAUGAUGAAGUUGUCAAUCAACCUCUAAAGUCCCCUCUGAAGUCUCCUCUGAAGUCCCCUCCGAAGUCCCCUACUCCUGCUCCUCCUCCUAAGUCUCCUUCUCCUGCUCCUCGUGGUCCUGAUGCUGGUGAUGCCUACGAUUGUGAUGAGCUUGGUGAUGAUGGUUCUACGGGUGCUGGUGUCGAUGGACAUACUAGUGAUGGUUGUCAAUCACAGACAGCAAGAUUAAUAGACCCUGUUUUGAGCUUACCUGCAUCUUUCCUGUCCAAGAGCCAAAUGAGUAUCUUGACCCGUUCCGGAUUGCUGAGCCUGCGUUGCUUAUGAUGACUGCCUUGUGGGCCUGCUGCAUUUGUUGUUGCAUUUGUUGUUACAUUUGUUGUUGCAUUUGUUGCUCCAUCUUCCUCUUCUGGUUGCCAUAAACCCCAAAGAUCUUGGUCUGUUUCAAUUGGCUCUGUAUUCAGAUCAAUAUGUGCUUCAGUUGGUAAUGUGUUUGUGCUUCAACUGGUUCGGUGUUCAGGUCGAUUUGUGCUUCAACUGGUUCGGUGUUCAGGUCGAUUUGUGCUCGAAUGUUACCUUGUUGAUCUGGAAUUAUGUCCCGAACCAAUAUAUCUCCAAUGUCUUCAUCAUCAUAUUCAAUGGCAAUGAACCAUCCACCAUCCAUGUUUGAAGCAAAAUAACGCAGGCGAUGACGCUCCACUUAAUUUUUUUUUACUGUAUAUUUGUUCUAUAAGUUGACACACUUACGAGAUAUUGUGGAUUAGAGUUUUUUUUUUUUUUUUGGCAGUACUUGAAUACUCCAUUUACGUUGGUUAUUUUUAUACUUGAGGAUGCAACCAACAGUCACAUUAUGUCAAUUAAGCAAUAUGUGUGCUUUUUCCUAAUUGGUUCAUUUGAUAAAUAAAACAAUGUUAUUGGCUGUUGUAUUGGUUAG